AUGUUCUGCACCUUCACGAGCGUCCUCGCCGCGGCGACCGCGCGCCAGAGCGUCUCAAGCCCAACAGUCCGCGUCGUCGGCUCUCCUCCUCCCGGAUCUUGCAUGCAAGCCGGCGGCGGGUGGCGAGCGAACGACGCAGCGUCUAUCGGCCUCCGCGCCCCGCUCGGCCCGCCAACGACCAAGCCGGCGGACGGCGGGCGAGCGGCAGCGCCCCAGCACCUCCUCUUUCUCCAGAGCGACCGGGCCGUCGAUGCACGCCUGACGGCCGCGCUGGGGCAAUUUGCGUGUCCCGCAGAGCUCCGCUCGACCCGGAUCUCCCACUCGAACGCGGUCGAGUCCGAUCUCUUCUCCGUCUCAAGCGGGUGCGCCGACUGGCAGCGCGCCUGCGCCUCCUUUGCCCGCGCGAACUCCUCGCUGCUCGAGGUGCGCACCCGCCACCCGGCCACGGCGGAACGGCAAUUUUCGCUCGAGUCCGAGGAGCCACCAGGCUGCUGGGCCGCCUCUGGCAAGGCCCAGGCGUCGCUGCCCCUCCCGGCCCGGUUGUCCGAGACUGAGGCGGUGCCCAUGCCUCUGCCGGUUCCGCCAAAGACCGAGGUGGCGGAGGAGCAGCGCAGCGAGGCGUCGCUGGAGGAGCUAGCGCUGCCCGCGGAGGUCUGCGCCACUCAGAUCGCCGACUCGAAGACGGUUGAGUCGACCGAUCUCUUCUCCAUUUCAAGUGACCUCGCCGGUUCGCGGCCACGCUGCGCCUCCUGCAUCUGUGCCGACUCCUUCACGCUCGAGGUCGAGCAGGGCGAGGAGGAGGGGGCGGACCAGGCGAUCCGAGCACCGCAUCGCCAGCCCGCCGAAAUCUUCAUGGCCGAGGCGGACACGGCUUGCAGCUCUCUUUGGCCCCUCCUCAUGGGUGCCCUCGUGGGGUGCUUGGGCGUCUCUGUCGUGGCUCUGAAGUGGAGAGGCUACAAGAUGGACGGCAAGAAGCGCUCGAGGCGCGCCAAGGAGAACGAGGGCAUGCAGCACCGCUGUGCUUGCCGCACUCAGAUCUUCUUCUUCUUCUUCUUUGUCGCAAUGGUCGGCCUGUGCGGCGUGACCUACGCGGCCUCGGCCGCGAGGUACACUCGGUGGCGCGGCGACAUGCCGGGUCUCCUAUCCGUCAACAGCAUCGUACCCGAGUCAUGUCCCGCCGACGCUGCUGGGAAGGCCCGGAGGCUGGUCGAGACGGGCCUCGUCGGCGCGGUAGCCUUGCAUCUCGGCGGAAUCGCCUCGCUCGAGCCAUCCGCCGCCCAUGUCCGCGUGGCCGCCGCCGCGCUGCUCGUCGGCAGGGUGGCCGCGUCUGCCAUGGAUCCAUCAGUCGAGUUCCUCGUCACCGUGGGUGGCGGCAGCUUUCCGCUCGAGGUGUCGUGGAACCUGACGUGCAGCGGCGCGUUGAUCGGCAGUGGAGGGGCGCCCUACUCCGGCACCCUGUCCGCGCCGCCCGGCGAGUGCACGCUCGACAUGUACGACUCGUACGGCGACGGCUGGAACGGCGACGAGUGGGAGGGUGCGGGCUAUACGUUCACGCUCGACUCCGGAUCCUACGGCAGCGAGACGUUCAUCCUCGCCCCUUUCCCCCCGGAAAGCGGUGCGGUCUCGAUAAUCGGCUCGAACGUGACGAGCUGCUCCGCUGGCAAUUCCGGCGGCGUCGUCUGGGCGAGGGAAAGCGGUGCGGUCUCGCUAAUCGGCUCGAACGUGACGAGCUGCUCUGCUGGCUCUGGCGGCGUCGUCCAAGCGCAUGACAGCGGUGCGGUCUCGAUAAUCGGCUCGGUCGUGACGAGCUGCUCUGCUGGCGUUUACGGCGGCGUCGUCCAAGCGUAUGACAGCGGUGUGGUCUCGAUAAGCGGUUCGACCGUGACGGGCUGCUCCGCUGGCUAUUCCGGCGGCGUCGUCUACGCGUAUGAGAACAGCGGUGCGGUCUCGCUAAUCGGCUCGAACGUGACGAGCUGCUCGGCUGGCGAGGCGCGCCGCGUAGAGCUAGCCUCCCUCCAGCAGCGCCGCACGGCAGCGGGGCGAGAGGUAGAGAGGCCACGGCUGCCUCACCCCGCUCUCUCCUCGCAACCGCAGCACGGCGGCGUCGUCUACGCGCGGGACAGCGACUCCCUCUCCAUCGGGGGUGUCGACUUCAUCGACAACAGAGCGGACGAGUCAGGCUCGGUGCUGUACCUGAACAAUCUCCGCCAACGCUCCUCGAUCAGCAACGCCUCCUUCACCGGCAACACCGCUGGCGACGACAACGACGGUGGCACGAUACAGGCCAUCAACUCGCCGAUAGACUGGGACUGCCGCUUGGGCAGCUGGAUGCCGACCAAGGGCUUUUUUUUUGGCGACUUCAGCGUCCCCGAGUGCAACCGUUGCCCCGCUGGCUACUUUGGGAACACGAGCGGCCUUUUCAACUCCUCCUGCAGCGGCCAGCGGGCCGCCCGCAUCGAGUCCGCGGUCGGCCUGCAGCCCAAGUUCAAGGUCCUCAUCAGCUUCUACCAGGUGAGCAGCAUCCUCGGCCUCGUCUACGGCGUCCGCCUCGACGAGCACUUUACGCGCUGGCUCGACGUGCUCAAGCUGUUCAGCCUGGACCUAUUCGGCGUUGCCAUCCCCGGCCGCUGCAUCGGAGCCAUGAGCACGCGGCUGCUCGUCGCAGGCAUCUGGCCGUACGCCGCUGUCGCCCUCGUGUCGCUCGCCAUUGUCGCGGCGGCGGCGGUCCUCAACAACAAGCAGGCAUUCGACCGCCAGCUGCUCGGCCGCCUCCUUUACUGGGCGAUCUUCAUCUUCUACCUGGUGCUUCCCUCCGUCUCGCGCUCCAUCUUCAGCGCGAGGCUGUGCGAGUCCUUUCGCUACGACGACGCGACAGGCCAGCGCAUCAGCUACCUGCUCGCCGACCCAUCGCUCACGUGCGACGCCGGCCCAACAUGGGACGACGAGACGAGCGGACUCGCGCCGUACUUUUGGGCCCUCUUUGCCCUCUGGCCCGUCCUCGUGCCGCUCGGCUUCUUGGCGCUGCUGCUCCGCGUCCGCAAGCCCGUGGCUGCGCAGCGCGCAACGCCGCUCUCUCGCGCGACGAGCUUCCUUUGGCGGGACUACUCUGCCAGCUUCCUCUUCUGGGAGGUGCUCGACCUGGUCCGCAAGAUCUUCCUCACCUCGAUGGUGCUCUUCAUCGACCAGGAGUACGGCUCCCGCAAGCUGCUGCGCACCGUGGUCGCCGCCAUCGUCUCGGCCAUGUUUCUCACUCUGUUAGCGCUCGCCCGCCCCUACCGGCGCUCCGAUGACCUCUGCCUCGCGUGCAUCGCCAACUUGCUCCUCACCUGCUGCUUCGCGUCGGGAGUGGUCAUCCAGCUGUGCGGCAGCACCGCGUACGAAGACAUGUGCUACGACCUCGUUGGCUACAAGACCUCGCGCGGCGCCACCACUUUUGUCGUCGUCCUCACCGCGGUCAUGCUCGCCAUCUCGCUAGCCGUCAUCGUUGUAUUGGCGGUCAGCGCCUCGAGGGCGAAGACCAUGCGGCUCGUCUCUUCGAAGCGCGAGCCGAUGCGCGACGGCAUCACCCUCGCCGAAGGCCAGCAGUGGCACCUCUUCCUCAGCCACGUCUGGAGCACGGGCCAGGACGCUGUCGCCGUCAUCAAGAACGAGCUGCAGCAGUUCCUCCCCGGCUGCGAGAUCUUCCUCGACAUCGACGACCUCAAGAACAUCGGAGAGCUGGAAGCGUACAUUCGUCGCUCGCAGGUGGUGCUCUGCUUCCUGUCGCGGGGCUACCUGCGCUCGACGAACUGCCUGCGAGAGGUCCGCGCCGCGCUGGAGAUGACCAAGCCGCUCGUGCUCGUCCACGAGGCAGACCCGGACAAGGGCGGAGGCACACUCGCCGAGCUGCGAUCCGAGUGCCCCGAGGAGCUGCGGGCCGCCAUUUUUGACGCCGGCUGGCCGAUGGCGGUGUGGCAUCGGAUCGAGGCCUUCCAGCACGUCUCGCUCAAGGUCAUCGCCGAGGCGCUGCUGCUGAAGACGCCAAGGUACGCGGGAGAGGAUGAGCUGCCCCUGUGCAUCCCUGGCGAGGUCCGAGCCGUCGACCUCGCCUUCCCCAAGCCGGUGGUUCUCUGGGCCUCGACUUUGAACGCCGGGGCGCGAGAUCUCGCCGAUGCGGUCGCGGCGGCCGUGGCUGGUGGCGUCUCGAUCACCGACGCAACGCCCUCGCGCCUCUCCUCGCUGCCUCGCUCGAGCGUCGGCGUCGGCGACGGCGACGAGGCGACGCACAUGCUGCUCUACCUGAACAGGUCGACGUGGGUCGGCGAUGGCGCCGAGGCGCUCGCAGAGCAGGUGCGCGCCGCGCGCGAGGCCAGGCUGCCCAUCGUCAUGGCGCACGAGAACGACGCUGUCCGCAGCGGCUGCAUCUUUGGCCACUUUUUCGAGGUGACGCCGCGCGACCUGAUCGCCGAUGGGCUGUACCACGACCUCGCCGUCGGGUGCCACUCGGACCCGCACCGGCAGGUGUCGCUCGCCCUGCUCGCAAAGGCGCUCGGCGCGACCAAGCAGACGGCUCAGUCGCGCAUGCACCGAGUCACCGCCCUCGCUUUAACGCUCCGCGGCUCCUCUUCAAUGACGGAGCCGUCGAAUGGCGACGACGUUGUGGAAGCGUUUCCGUUUCUUUUUACUGCCAUAAGCAUAAAAAGAAAAGCGAAAAUCGUUUAA